CAAAAAAUAGGAAGCAAUUACGAAAUCAAGAUGGCACAUGAGAUACAUAUAAAGAACAACAAAUACCGGCAGUGGGUUAAGGCUGGCCUAGGCUUGGGUUAUCUUAAAGAGGGACUUGCGCCAUUUUGUGAUGGCAUAGGAAGACAGCAGCACAAAGAUAUUAUAAACCAAAUACAACAAACUAAGACUCCUCAACCAAACAUAACAUGUGGCGCCUGUCAGAUAACAACUCUCCAGCCAGAUCAUGUCCGAGUCUCAAAAGGGAUAUGUCCCCUCAAACAAGAUAAAUGUAACUGUUGUUUUCCAAAUAAUAAGGGACCCUGUCCGAACAAUAUAUGUGGUGCCAUCUAUGACAGCAUUAUACAGUAUCAUGCAUCAAUACCACCGGCACCUUUUUGGAAAAACAGUGAUGUCCAACAGUGGUCGACAGACCCCUGGAGUGUCAUUAAAUGUUUUAUAAAUGUUCCUGGGUACAAGGACAAGACAUCAGCUGUCGACACUGAUUGCAUUGGGUUGCUUCAUGUUAUCAUAAAUAACAAGUACUUUCAUAGUCACAUUGGAUGCAAUGUUACAGGACCAAACAAUCUUUUUUCAAAGGUACGGCAGUAUCGAAACGAAAUUUUUCACUCUAGCUCUAUGGAGUUAGAGGAGAGCAAGGCUAAUUGUUAUAUCGAUGACAUGAUAGCUGUUCUACAAGAUGGUAAAGAACUUUUACAUCGACAAGAUGCACAACAAGCUGUCGUGAAACUUCAAGAUCUGAAGAAGAAGAAAUUUAUUAUUACCACUGAAAACGUUAACGGAAUUAUGACACAAAUCAAGAAAAAUGCUGAAGAAUGGCAGAAAGAGAUGAUAGCAUCAUACUGUAAGACUUUGCUCAAAGUACCAGCAAUGCCUUUACUACCACGAGGUCAGAAAUGUAACUUCAGUGAGAUUUAUGUUAGGCCUACAAUAACAAGAGAAAUAAAAGGAGAGAAAGGGGAGACAAAGGAGAUUGAGGUCAAGUCAAUGUCAGAUAUCUUCAUAAAGAAUGACGUGCCUUUGAAACAUAUAUAUGUUCUUGGAGAUGCAGGGUCUGGUAAGAGUAGUUUCUGUAAAUAUUUGGUCAACUGUUGGUGUAUUGCACACAGUGAUGCACAAAAUGUAGAAGAUGAGUUUGAAGGAGUCAAGGAAAUGAACAAAUUUGAUUUCAUGUUUUAUAUCUCUCUAAGACAUAAUCAAGACAUAGACAGUGUCCAGGAUAUGAUUAAAAAUCAGUAUGAUAUUGACAUUUCAAGCCCAGUUUUCAAAAAGGACUCUGCAAAGAUUAUAAUAUUGCUUGAUGGCUUAGAUGAAUGGUCUUCUGAAAGAAAGUCCUACAAUCAGUUCCAGACAAUGGGUCUCCCAAAACAGGAUGUUAAUAAAGACUACACAAUCGUAACUACAUCACGGCCAUGGAAAGUUCACACCUUGGGAAUAAGUGAGACAGAAAUUGAACAAAUACUGAAUCUGAAAGGGUUUGAUUUGAGAUGUGAAAGGGAAAUGGUAGAUAGAACAGUCUCACAAUUAAAUUUCAGCAGGCAUGCCAGUAAAGAUGCCAGAGUUUGUGAACAAAAGCUGAGAGAAAAGUCCCUUGAAAGUUUAAAACAGCUACCAAUUAUGCUGCAGCAACUGAUUUGUCUAUGGUUUGAUGGUAAACUUGAUAAAACUUCAAAAUGUGCCAUUUACACCGGCAUGUUAGAACUUUUCUUUACAUGGAAUGACAUGAAAACUGCAGGAACAAGUACUCGACUCAUGGAGGGUGCUCAGAAAGUAUAUCUUCCUAAAACCUUAGCUGAUAAAAAGAUAUUCAAAUUAAACAGCCAUCUCAUUUAUUAUGUGUCAAAGUUGGCUUAUGAGACACUAUUUAAUUGUCCGAAGGAUAAAUCCUUGACAUUUGACAUUUCUAUGUUUGAUGAACUAGAAAUAUCAGAUGAAGUAAGAGAAAAUUGCUUGAAACUUGGAAUAAUGACAGAAGAUGAAUGUCCAAGUUUAUCUGUAUCAGAACCACCAAGCUCAUUGUUCUCUUUUAUUCACAAAUCAAUGCAAGAAUUUCUGGCUGCAGUAAAUAUUUGUAUCAAUUUCAAUGCAAAAAAUGGUCUGUCAGAUAGUACAGGAAAUGUUGAAUUAGUCAAAAAGUUUAUUAAUGAGGUUUUUCAGAAAUGUUCAACAGUAAAUGACAUAUUAGAGCAGUCAAAUGUUAUCAUUAUGCUAUGUGGUCUUGAACCUAGAUUAGCAACACAUGUUUCAAAAUACAUAUAUGAUACUGUGUCAGAAGACUCUCGUGUUGAAGAAUACAGGAGUGACAUUUAUAAGGACCAUCGUUGUAUUACUGAUAUUCAAAAGCUUUUGUUAGAGUCAAUGGAAGAAUUCAAUGCAUCAUGUAGUAUAGGAAAUAAUCCUGUAUUUCAUAUAGGAGAUUUGGUCAUUGAAAGACGGGGUCAGUCUCGUGAUAUUGUUUGUUCAGGUAUUGAUCAGCAUCAAAUUGUUCCUGACACUGUUCUGUCUAUUUAUGUAGAUGGCAUCAACACGGCAAAUGUUGAAUUUACAAAAUAUUUACCAAUUUUUCACCAUCUUGAAAAAAUUGUAAUAAGAUAUGAAUAUGAAUAUGAAUAUGAAAGUGAUACUAGUAGUACACAUAGUACACAAAGGAAUACUAGUAGUACACAGAGUACACAAAUGGAUACUAGUAGUACACAGAGUACACAAAUGGAUACUAGUAGUACACAGAGUACACAAAUGGAUACUAGUAGUACACAAAGUACACAAAUGGAUACUAGUAGUACACAAAUGGAUACUAGGAGUACACAAAGUGAUACUAGUAGUACACAGAGUAAUGAACAGUUGAUUGAUGAGAUACACAAUUGUAUUUGUGAGACAAUUAAAGUAAACACUUUAACAUUAAAAUCUCUGUCUCUUCAUGUCUCUUACAAUGACAAGUAUUACCCAGUGUGUAAAACAGUUGUUAGUAACCUACCUAGUAUGAUCAAUCUUGUAGCAAUAAGAAUGAGUGGUAUAACAAUGAGUCAUGGUGAUACUACUACAUUUUAUAAUUUUCUUGAGAGAACCAGUCAUCUUGAACAAAUACAUCUUGUUAAUGUUGAAUGUGAGUGUGAGAACCAGCAUGAUGUAAAUUUAUCAAAACAUCAACAACUUCAGUACCUUCAUUUGGUUUAUACUGUUAGUGUGAUAGAUGUUGAUACUACAAACCUUGAAAUAUUAUCACUUUAUUAUUUGAAAAAUAGUAAUUACGGGAAAAUAUUUGAUAGUAUUAGAAAAUCUUACAAAUUAAAAGAACUGGAAUUGCAUGGAGAUAUUUACAAUAAAUCUCAAUUGUAUCAUAACAACAUAACAAAUAGACUUGUCACAGUAUUACCAUUGUUACACAAUCUCAGAAAGCUUGUGUUAUGGGGUUGUAGUUUAACUGACAAUAUAAUACAGUCACCUUUAGAGAUGAAGAGUUUAAAGAACAUUACGCUUGGUGAAGUCAAAAUGAGUUUGACAACAUGGCGGAAGUUUGUUGAUAGUCUUCCUCACGUUCCUCAUACUGUAGAUGUGAGUGUAAGGGGCUGUGAUAUAACAGAAGAUGGUAAGGAGUUUACUGAUGGUAUGUUUACAUUUCAAGGACUUAGAGGAGAGAAGGGAAAUGAUGCUAAACUAUAUGUAAAAGACCAGGAUGAGUUAUUUCAUGUUAAAUGUGAUGGUUAUUAUGAGUUUGGCUUUUCAACAAAAAAAUUGAUAUAGGUUACAUGAAGUUAAAACAUAGUGUUUAAACUAAAUUAUUUUAUGUUAAAAGAGAUGAUGAAUUUGGCUUUUCAUUUUCGACAUAAAAAAGAUCGAAUUUUUUAACUUAGUGAGAGAAAAUACAUGCAGUUAACAUAGUGCUGAAUCUAAAUUAUUUCAUGAUAAAAGAUAUAAAAUUAGACUUUUCAUUAUAAGCAAAA